GUCACUGUCAGAAUAAAAUUUGCAUUCGCCAAAUUCGCUUCGGUUCGGUCGGAAUUUUUGUUAAUUUAACUGUAAUUAAUAUUUUAUGGGCUCACAAGCUAGCAGAGCUGCUAAGAUGGCCAGUUCAGCAGAAAUACAACACUUCAUUAAAGAAGCCAUCGCUGGAGACAAAGUGGUUGUAUUCUCCAAGUCAUACUGCCCCUACUGCAAGUUGGCUAAAGAUGUUUUUAGCAAAGUGAAGCAGCCAAUUAAAGUGAUCGAGCUGGACGAGCGCGACGACGGCUCUGUCAUACAGGAGCAGUUGUCUUCUAUUACUGGAUUCAGAACUGUGCCCCAAGUUUUCAUCAAUGGUAACUGUGUUGGGGGAGGCUCUGACGUGAAGGCUCUGCAUGAGAGCGGCAAGCUGGAAUCCAUGCUCAUUGGCUAAGAAGGAUGUGUAAAUGGUAGUUAUUUGUUCUAGCUUGUAAAUGGAGAAUGUAGUGCACUAAAGACAGCUUCUGGGAGGAUGUUAAAAGUUAUAUUGUAAUUUAAAUAAAAAUACUUACUUACCCGCAGUGGAUGAGUGAGGUGGGAAAUGGGUACAUUCAUAAUACAUAUACCGGCUCGGAGAGACCACAUUUUUAUCAAGCUUUGAAGUACAACUAUUUUGUCAUUAAGAUGUUUAUCAGUGUGAAUGGAGCCUAAGGGGAUAUGCACAAAGGUAGUAUUAACAUUUAAAACCUCCAAAAUAUCGUUAUCCAAUCUAGAAUUAAAUAUUAUCCAUGUUAACAAGUAAAAUUGCACAAACACGAAGUUGGCAUUGUGUACUACAUUCUCCUAAACUCUGUACAAAUAUGUUCUCAAAUUUGAUACAAAACUUAAAACCAUUGUAAACAUCUCGAUUUUUCUAUCUUGCUGUGAUUAGUAAAUUUGCGUUACUUAAUUCCAUUAGAUAUACCUAAAUUGUUCACAAUAUUUUUGCAAUCAUUUUAACUACCUAUUUUCAAUUGCAUAAAAGUACAAUUCAUAAGUACUUAUUAGGUACUUACUAUAAGUACCGUAGAAAAGACAAUACAUACUUAUUUAACACAAUUUUAGCAAUAACUGUUACCUACUGUACAAGUUUAAUUGUCAAAUCAAAUCUUACCUAAAGGAUGAAAUGAUUUAUGUUGUAUUCAAUAUGUACUUACCUAAGUAUAUUUGAUUUGAGAUUAUUACAUUAUUAUGCUGCACUACUUUGGAAUUUCUGUUUUUCGUUAAUGCAUUUGCAUCUGUAUUGUAUUCUGUAGUUUAUUUUGAAAAGUACAAGUCAAAAAUUGUCUGUGUAAAUUGAAAGUAAGUGUUUGAUAUGUAAGAAUUUAUUGAUGUUGAAUUUAAUUUAUUUUGUGUAACUUAUAUUUUUAUUAAACAUUUUGCAAUAUGUACAAGAA